AUGGCUAUUGAGACUCUACCCGGAGCAGGAGUCUGCCCCCGGGUCGACUCCACCUGCCCCGAGCAUGUCAGCACGAAAGCCAAUAUUAUCGAUAUUCGACGUGAAACCGAUGAACACUCCAUCCUGGAUGACAUUAGGAGGGGACUGCGGCAAGUAACCGGCGCUGAGAAGACUCUGCCUACUCUUCUUCUGUACGACGAGGCAGGUCUGAGACUGUUCGAGAAGAUCACCUAUCUGGAUGAAUACUACCUCACGAAUGCGGAGAUCGAGGUUCUUCAGACCUAUGCAGACAGAAUCGCUGCCCGCAUCCAGGCCGGUUCUCUCAUUGUGGAGCUUGGUAGUGGCAACCUCCGAAAGGUAGCCAUCCUUCUGGAAGCGAUUGAGAAACUUGGGAAAGACGUUGAGUACUAUGCCCUGGAUCUGUCUCUUUCAGAGCUUCAACGCACCCUCGCCACUGUGCCACAUGGUGGUUACAAGCAUGUGAAGUGCUUCGGCCUUCACGGGACAUACGAUGACGGACUGGAGUGGCUACAGAGGCCUGAGAUAUCCUCCAGACCCAAGAGUGUGCUCUCACUUGGAUCCAGCAUCGGCAAUUUCAAACGUCAUGACGCAGCUCUCUUCCUCAAAGGCUUUGCGGACAUCUUGAAUCCAGGAGACACCCUUCUACUUGGCAUUGACGCGUGCAAGGAUCAGGAGAAAGUCUAUCAUGCGUACAAUGACGGAGAUGGGCUUACUCAUGAGUUCAUCUUGAGCGGCCUCUUCCAUGCCAACAAGUUGAUUGGAAAGGAUGUUUUCAAACGCGAGGAGUGGGAGGUCAUCGGAGAGUACGACGUCGCUGCUGGCCGUCAUCACGCAUUUGUGUCUCCCUUGAAGGAUGUUGAGGUGGAUGGCAUACUUGUCAAACAUGGCGAGAAGAUACGUAUCGAGGAGAGCUACAAGUACGAUGCGCGCGAGACGACACGGCUUUGGGAAGUCGCCCGUCUAGUGGAAGGAGCCAAAUGGGCAACCGACUCUGGAGAAUAUGCUCUCCAUAUGGUUUCCAAGCCAAAGUUCUUCUUCGGUUCAAAUCCGGAGCGCUACGCUGCAAAGCCCGUUCCGAGCCUGCCCGACUGGCACAACCUAUGGGCAGCUUGGGACGCCGUCACACGUGACAUGAUCCCCAAAGAUGAGCUUCUUUCUCAACCGAUCAAGCUGCGCAAUGCAUGCAUCUUCUAUCUAGGCCAUAUUCCAACAUUCUUGGAUAUCCAUUUGACGCGCGCUACGAAAGGAGCAGCAACGGAGCCUGCGCAUUAUCCUCGGAUCUUUGAGCGUGGCGUCGAUCCGGACGUUGACAAUCCCGACCUGUGUCAUGCACACAGCGAGAUACCAGACUCAUGGCCGCCUACUGAGGAAGUCAUCACGUUCCAAGGUCGGGUCCGUCAGCGGGUAGCAGACCUCUACGGUUCCAAUGUUGCACAGACAGACCGCUGCGUAGGAAGGGCUUUGUGGCUCGGCUACGAGCAUGAAAUCAUGCAUCUGGAGACAUUGCUUUAUAUGCUUGUCCAGAGCCAGAAGACGUUGGCUCCACCAAAAUCCGUCAUACCAGAUUUCGAGACAAUGGCCAGAUAUGCCGAGACCAUGGCUGUUCUUAAUGAGUGGGUCACCGUCCCCGAGAGUGAUGUCGUUGUUGGUCUCGAUGAUCCCGAGAAUGACAAUGCUCCUGACCGCUUCUUUGGAUGGGAUAACGAGAAGCCUCGCCGAACCAUCCAUGUCGGCGCAUUUGCUGCCAAGGCCAGGGCAAUUACGAUCGGAGAGUAUGCGCAUUACCUGGAGAGCACCGGCACUUCCAAGCUUCCAGCAUGCUGGUCCGAACAGGCUUUGGCCAAUGGCUUCCAUUCAAAUGGCACAUCGAACAACCAAGUUAAUGGGCACAAAGCCAACGGCACUUCUGAGGAGCACCGAGAUGGAAUGUCAGUUAGCGGCGCCUUUCUCGGAAACAAGAGCGUUAGGACGGUUUAUGGCGCCGUUCCUCUCGCUCAAGCCCUCCACUGGCCAGUCUUUGCGUCUUACGAUGAGCUCGCUGGCUGCGCAAACUGGAUGGGCGGCCGCAUCCCGACAGCGGAAGAGGUCCGAAGUAUCUACUCGUAUGUUCAACAACAAAAGACGAAAGACGUCCAGAAUGCUAUCGUCAACGGUAUUCCCGCCGUGAACGGCCAUCUCGUCAACGACGGAGUGGAGGAGACUCCACCAUCCCAACCUUUUUCAAAUGGCCUCUCCGGCACAGUCUCCGGUCCCAAGCCCAGCGACUUCUUCAUCGACCUUGAGGGAGCGAAUAUAGGCUUCAAGCACUGGCACCCGAUCCCCGUGACCCAAAACGGCACUCAGCUGGCAGGUCAAGGCGAGCUAGGUGGAGUGUGGGAAUGGACCAGCACUGUGUUGGAGAAGCAUGAAGGCUUCGAGCCCAUGGGUCUGUACCCUGGGUACACGGCGGACUUCUUCGACGGGAAGCACAAUAUCGUGCUUGGCGGCUCGUGGGCUACGCACCCAAGGAUUGCUGGCCGGAAGUCUUUCGUCAAUUGGUAUCAGCGUAACUACCCUUAUGUUUGGGCUGGUGCUCGCCUCGUGCGCGAUCUCUGA